AUGGGGAUCUUCACUCGCCUUUCCCUGUUGGCCCUGGCCGCAGCGCCGUUCCUCGAGACAGCAUGGGCACAGUCAUCUACGGCGGUUGUGUACAAGGACCCGGCAACGGGAAUCAUAUUCGAUACGUGGACCGUCCCGCAGGCGUCUACGAACGGCACAUGGACCUUCGGUGCCGCCCUCCCCUCGGAUGCCCUCACAAAGGAUGCUGCAGAGUUCAUCGGUUACAUACAAUGUGCCUCCCCAAACCCAGCCACCCAAGGGUGGUGUGGCACGUCCUUCGGAGGCUCAAUGACGAACUCGCUGCUCCUCACGGUGUGGCCGAACAACGGCCAGAUCUUGACCUCGUUCCGUUAUGCGACAGGCUACGUGAUGCCUGAUGUCUACACUGGCAACGCAACACUGACACAGAUUUCGUCCACUAUCAACUCUACGCACUACAGCCUGAUCUUCCGUUGCCAGGGCUGUCUGGCGUGGGAGCAAGGCGGUGCAACUGGCAGUGUCUCUACAAGCUCCAAGUUCUGGCUUCUCGGAUGGGCGCAGGCCAACCCGGCUCCCGGCAACCCGACCUGCCCCAGUCAGAUCACCCUCGCGCAGCACGACAACGGGCAGAGUCUCUUCCCUGCCACCCUGGACACCAACGCUGCCAACCCAUCAUACGCUUCGUGGGCUGCUCUUGCCACCAAGACCGUGACUGGCAGCUGUGGGGGCGCCACUACCACAACCACAUCCGUGCCGACGGCGACGUCCGUCCCUGGCGUUCCAGUCCCAACCGCAACGUAUGACUACAUCGUCGUCGGGGCCGGAGCAGGCGGCAUCCCCAUCGCGGACAAGCUCAGCGAGUCCGGCAAGAGUGUCCUCCUCAUCGAGAAGGGGCCACCGUCUUCAGGCCGGUGGGGUGGCCAGGUGAAGCCGACUUGGCUAAGCAGCACCAACCUGACGCGAUUUGACGUCCCCGGUCUUUGCAACGAGAUCUGGGUCGACUCGGCGGGCAUCGCCUGCUCUGACACGGACCAGAUGGCUGGCUGCGUCCUCGGUGGCGGCACUGCUAUCAACGCUGGUCUCUGGUGGAAGCCCAACGCCAUUGACUGGGACUACAACUUCCCCAGUGGCUGGAAGUCAGCAGACAUGACCGCCGCGACCGGCCGGGUCUUCUCGAGGAUCCCAGGCACAGACCACCCCUCAAUGGAUGGGCAGCUAUACCUUCAACAGGGCUUCGAUGUGAUAUCAAGCGGAUUGAAGACUGCCGGGUGGACUUCCGUGACGGCGAACAACGUGCCAAACCAGAAGAACCGCACAUAUGCACACACGCCUUACAUGUUCAGCAAUGGCGAGCGAGGUGGCCCCAUGGCGACAUAUCUGGUGACCGCCAACGCCAGGAAGAACUUCAAGCUCUGGACGGGAACGUCCGUCAAGCGAGUGAUCCGCUCAGGCGGCCACAUCACCGGCAUCGAGGUCGAGCCCUUCCUCAGCGGCGGCUAUGCGGGUGUCGUCAACGUCACGGGCAUCACUGGCCGGGUCGUCCUCUCCGCAGGCACGUUCGGCUCCGCGAAGCUGCUCAUGCGCAGCGGCAUCGGCCCGGCCGACCAGCUCGCCGUGGUGGCCAAGUCUGUCGACGGCCCGACCAUGGUCGGCAACCAGUCGUGGAUCAACCUCCCCGUCGGCUACAACCUAGAGGACCACACCAACACCGACACCGUCGUCGAGCACCCCAACGUGACAUUCUACGACUUCUACGAGGCCUUCGACACGCCCGUCGCGGCCGACAAGGACAUGUACCUCAACAAGCGCUCCGGCAUCCUCGCGCAGGCUGCGCCCAACAUCGGCCCCAUGUUCUGGGACCAGAUCGUCGGCGCGGACGGCAUCACGCGGCAGCUGCAGUGGACGGCGCGCGUCGAGGGCAGCGACGGGACGCCCAACGGCAAGGCCAUGACCAUGUCGCAGUACCUCGGCCGGGGCGCGGUGUCGCGGGGCCGGACGACCAUCACCUCCGGGCUGAGCAUGGUGGUGUCCACGCUGCCCUACCUGCAGGACAAGAACGACGUCGCCGCCGUGAUCCAGGGCAUCAAGAACCUGCAGGCGUCGCUCAAGUCCGUCGCCAACCUGACCUGGACGUACCCGGACCCGUCGACCAGCGUCGAGGACUUCGUCAACAACAUGGUGGUCUCGUACGGCAACCGCCGGUCCAACCACUGGAUCGGCAGCGCCAAGCUGGGCACCGACGACGGCCGCAACGGCGGGACCGCCGUCGUCGACCUCAACACCAAGGUCUACGGCACCGACAACCUGUUCGUCGUGGACGCGAGCAUCUUCCCCGGCCACGUCACCACCAACCCGUCCUCGUACAUCGUCACCGCCGCCGAGAAGGCGUCCGAGAAGAUCACCGCCCUCGCCGCCAACAAGGCCAACGCCAGGUACGCCCAGUGCGGCGGCCAGCAGUGGACCGGCAGCUUCACCUGCGCCGCGCCGUACACGUGCCAGUGGCAGAAUGCUUAUUACUCCCAGUGCCUUUGA